AAAAAAGGUUGGGAAACACUGGCCUAGGCUAUGCCAGACGAAGUGUGACAGUUCCUGCUGUGCCUUAUUGACUCUUUCGCGUCACUGGUGUCUGACUCGAACUCCAGGAGUCCAAACCAACAACUCUGAUAUUUACAUAAAGACUUACUGGGGGUGGAGAGAAGACGUCUUCAGAAGUCUCAGUCGUGAUGGCAGUAACACGUUACAAAUGCGGACAUUAAACCUCAGUGAAAGAUCAGUGCUCGUUCUUACUGCAAGUUUAUUUCGGGAUACAGUAUACUAGCUAGAUAGCUAGGUACUUCAUAGAAGCAGGCGAAAUGAACACGGACGGCGCAUUUCGUCGGUUUGUUCGUCCACUACAAAGACAUGUCUAUUUUAUCCUUACUUUACCGAUCUUUUUCACAGCCUUUACAUUUUUCGUGGAUGUCUUUACGUUACACAUUACGCCUUGCAGUGAGAAUAUAGCGAGCAAGUCUUUGAACCAAACAGUGGACACUACCGGUAAUACCUUCAACAUCUCAACAAGUUGGACAGGCAAUCACAGCGAACUCACACAUCAGAGCCUCGAGUGUCACGAGGCGAAUCGUUUUGCUCACGGGCAAGCGACGUACAUGACGGGUUUACUUAUCGGCUCUGUAUUCGGUGGCGCUGUAUCUGACAAGUAUGGAAAGAAAUUACUUCUAAUCUGCUGCUCAGCGGUCCACGCAGUUGCUACUGUUGUAGUGGCAUUUCUGCCGUAUGUGCCCGUGUACUUGACUGCCCGCGGCAUCAGUGGAGCAGCCUGCUGUGCCAUUCACAUCUGCACCUACAGUUUAGGUGUUGAAUGGAGCCUGCCCAAGUAUCGUAUCUGGCCACCCACCCUGUUUUCCUUCAUCUUCAGUCUGGGAAUGAUGGGAUUGCCGGCCAUAGCUUUCUUGGCCAGUGGUUGGAUGCAGUUUCAUCUGGCACUGGGCAUCCCUCAGAUCCUCUUUCUACCUCUUUAUUUCUUUCUUCCAGAAUCGCCUAGAUGGCUGCUUCUAAAUAAGAGGAUGAAAACACUAGAGGGCUAUCAGAACAGAAGUCCUGAGGACAAGCACUACUUGAGUCUUCUUUUGGAUUCAGUGGACAAUGAAAUCCAGAAGCCCCUCUCAGAGAAGACCUCCACUAAAACAGAGUCUAAUUUCACCAACUUUACAUCACCUACUAUACUCCUGCGUCUGUUUAUCAUGAGUUACAUUGGUUUUGCAUCUGCUCUCACUUAUUAUGGGAUCUGUUUCAGUGUGGGAAGUUUCGGUGUAAAUAUCUAUCUGGCGCAGUUUUUCUCUGGGCUUUCAGAGGCUCCCUCUUUGCUGCUUCCAUUUCUGGUGAAGCGAUGUGGCCGCAGGCCGUUCAGCAUGGGGUCGCUGUUCCUCAGUGGCAUUUCCUGUAUGCUGUCCCUCCUUGUUUCCAAGUUCUGCGACAUGCCUGCCCUUGUUAUGACUCUGGCACUGAUGGGCAAGCUGUGUAUGCAGUACACCUACUGUGUCUCUGUGCUCUAUGGGAUUGAGCUGUUCCCAACUGUAAUACGGCAGAAGUGUCUCGGCCUGGUUAGUCUUUGUUACCGAGUGGCCUGUAUUAUAAAUGCUGUGGCGACCCCUGACGGAAGGAUCCCUCUACCAGCUAUGAUCUGUUACAGCAGUGGGCCGAUCAUUGGUGCAGCCCUGUGCCUGCUUCUUCCAGAGACCAGUGGCAUCCCUUUACCAGACACUGUACAAGACUGUGAGAAACAGCCCAGACUGAAGCUCCCAUGCUGUGCAUGUUGGCCUACGAAGCCUAAACAGGAGUCGGAUGCUUCUUUUACCAAGGAGAAGAACAUGAAGAACCAAGCGGAAAGCAGCCCCUUCUCAGCAUAAUCAACAAGAGGAACAUGGCAGAAAUUGACUUUUUCAUAUUAUU